AUGGUUAAGCCCACUACGGUUCGUCUUCUCUUAUCUUUAGCCGUAUCUCGUGGGUGGUCUAUUCGCCAAUUGGAUAUUCACAACGCCUUUUUAAAUGGCCAGCUAGCUGAAACUGUUUACAUGCGACAGCCACCUGGUUAUGAGGAUAAGUUGUUACAUAAUUAUUUCUUGGUGUAUGUUGAUGACAUUUUAAUUAUGGAUUCUGACUCAGAUCGUGUUACUACUCUUAUUGAUAAAUUAGCACUUGAAUUGAAGGUUCGUGAUAUGGGUGUGCCUUCUUUCUUCUUGGGAAUAGAAAUUGUCCUGUUAUCUGGCGGUAUGCUUUUAUCCCAACAACGGUACAUGAAGGAUAUUCUCAAACGUGCUGGCAUGGUGGACUGCAAGCCAGUAAUCACGCCUGUCUCUUCUGUGAAAAUCACAGACGACGUGGCCGUUCCCUAUGCCGAUCCAACACAAUACAGGAGUCUUGCUGGUGCUCUCCAGUAUCUUACGGUAACCCGUCCGGAUCUAUCUUAUGAUGUUAAUCUAUUGUGUCAACAUAUGCAUGCUCCCACUACUACAGACUGGGUCUCUCUAAAGAGAGUCAUGCGGUAUGUCAAAGGCACCCUGAAUCUUGGCCUGCGUAUUUCUCGGUCUACAUCUAUGGAUAUUCACGCCUAUUCUGACUCAGAUUGGGCUGACGAUCCGAAUGACCACAAAUCUACUAGUGGCUUUGCUGUGUUCUUGGGCAGUAAUCUAAUAUCUUGGAUUUUUCGGAAGCAACGGACUGUGGCAUGUUCUUCGACUGAAGUAGAAUACAAGGGACUCGCUGAUAUAUAUAUGCAGAAGUUACAUGGCUCGUUUCUCUGUUACAUGAAAUCGGCGUCCCUCCUGCGUCUCCUCCUCGACUAUGGUGAUUAUCCAAACCCGUCCCCAAAGGCCAAAACAAACACCCUAAGUGCAGCAAGAAGUCAAGAACCACAGCAGCCCGCAGUACCUGCAGCCAACCCCUCUACUUGCAGCUCAGUGGAAGCAGCAAACCCUGCAUCAAACAAAAUAAACUUCAGACCCCCACAAGUAUCAUAA